GGACCCGUGAGCGUCUCCGCCCACCGAUUAAUUUCCGUAGGGAAGCAGAAACUCGUAGCCCCCCUUUCUCUCUGAUCUUCCUCGAAAACUCCCUGAAAAUUGAAUCCCCUUUGGUUCGGUCUCUCUCUGUCCCUCGUCGGCGGAUCGAGCUCGUCUGUGGCUAUGUAGUGGAAAAACCCUAUGGAGGAGAAACCGGCUCCCAUCGCGCCGCCGGAGCCGGCGACGGGCCAAGCGGCGGACCCAAUCCCAAAUCUGACGCCCGUUUCAUCCCCAGCUCCGGCCUUGCCCGAAUUGGAGCCGAGGGAAGAGGAACACAAUGAUGCGAGCAAAGACUGUUCUGCUGGAGAACAAGAGGGGGAUGAAAACGAAUGCUUGGAGGAAGUAAAUAAGGAUGCUCCAACAAGUGCAGAGGAUGCACUGGUUCCCAAGAUAGGCAUGACUUUUGAUUCCAUUAAUGAGGCUUUUCAUUUCUAUAAGGCAUAUGGCUAUUUCAUGGGCUUUGGGGUUAGAAGAAGGACAAGUCACAACUUUCUUGGAGAUCGGUACCGUUCGACCUUCACAUGUUGUAAAGGAGGGUCAGCAAUACUAAAGAAAAAGAACACUAAGUACAGAACGAAACCUGCUGUGAAGACGGAAUGCAAGGCCAUGAUGGUUAUAAGGGAUCGUCAUUUAGAGAACCGUUGGAAGGUAGAGGUUGUUGAAUUGGAGCACAAUCACCCGCUUGAACCUGAUAUGGUUAGAUUCAUGAAAUGCUUUAGGGAGCUUCCAGCUUCAGUGAAAGGACAGCUUCAGAUCAAUGACAAGGUGGCUGAGUCUAUAAACAAGUCAAUCGAUGCAGCGAUUGCUCCAGGAGUUGGAUAUAAAAACUGCUUAUCUACUGAGAAGGAUUGUACAAAUCAUGCAGAAGAGGCAAGAAAACUCAGGCUUGGAGAAGAAGAUGUUGAGGCUCUGCUGAAGUUCUUUGACAGCAUGCAGGCACAGAAUUCAAAUUUCUUUUAUAGUUGGGAUAUGGAUGACGAAGGCCAGCUAAGGAAUAUAUUUUGGGCCGAUGCCAGAUCGAGAGCUGCAUAUCGCUACUUCAGUGACAUCAUAACCUUCGACACUAGGUACCUAACCAAACAAUAUGAUUUGCCACUUGCUUUAUUUGUCGGAGUAAACCACCAUGGCCAGUCUAUAUUGUUAGGAUGUGGUCUUCUUGCAGAUGAGACGGCAGAUACCUGUAUUUGGCUUUUUCGGAAGUGGCUAAGGUGUAUGAGUGACAAGCCACCUGAUGCUAUAAUUACCGAUCAGUGUAAAACCAUAGGUGGAGCAGUUGCCAAGGUAUUCCCACAUGCUCGACAUCGAUUUUGCCUUUGGCAUAUUAUGAGGAAGCUUCCUGAAAAAAUAGGUAAAAUGGAAAAAAGAAAGGCAAUAAGUGAUAAAUUGAGUGAGGUUGUUUAUGAUUCUCUGACAGUUACUGACUUUCAAAGAGGGUGGGCAGAAAUGAUCGAGCAAUUUCAACUUCAAGACAAUGAGUGGUUAUCCACAUUAUAUGAAGAUAGGAGCCAAUGGGUGCCUGUGUAUGUAAAGGACACAUUUUGGGCCAAUAUGUCAAGUAUGCAGAAGAACGAGAGUAAUAGCAGUUAUUUUGAUGGUUAUGUGACAUCCAAAACCUCUAUCAGAAUGUUUGUUGAGCAAUAUGAAAAUGUUUUGUGGAGCAAGUAUGAGAAGGAGGUUCAAGAGGAUUUCCGCUCAUUCAGUACAAACCCAAAUCUGUUAUCAGAACUGGAGUUUGAAAAGCAGAUUGCUGAGGUGUAUACCACAAACAUAUUUUUAGAGUUCCAGGUUGAGGUGAAACACUUGAUGCAAUGCAUUAGUGUCAUAGUUGACAGGAAUGGGCCCAUUGUCACUCACAAGGUGACCGAACUAGCAGCUGGCAAGAAGAUUGAUUACAAGGUUACUUAUAACACUACCGAGGAAGUUGUUUGGUGCAUUUGCAAAUCUUUUCAAUUUAGAGGUAUUCUGUGCAGGCAUGCAUUGUGUGUGUUGCGACAAGAGCUUGUAACUGUGCUACCAUCAAAAUACAUACUCCCACGUUGGAGGAAGGAUUUCAAAUGGUUGAACGCAUCCUCGUCGUCACCUAGCAUUGCAUCUCUUCAUGAGAUGGAUAUUUACGAUGAUUUAUACAUGCAUGGCCACCAAUUUUUGAUGGAUAUUGUUGAGAUUGGUGGGGCUGUUGAUCAUGAUUUGAAAGAGUUUGCUCUAGUGGUAAUGAAGGAGGCAAGGGAGAAAGUGAUGAAAUAUGAGGAAUCACAUGGAGAUAGAAGGAUUGGUGACAACAACAUGUCAUCCACCUCCCAGUUAGGUAGUAGCUGCCAUAUUCCAGCAGUUUUUGACCUGGAAAAUGAUGCAUCACCCAUGGCUCCAAUUGCCAGGGUUCUGAAUCCUACACAAUCACAUCCUAAAGCUCGCUCACCCAUGAAAAGGCUUGUCAGCCAGAGAGAAAGGGCUAUCCAGAAUUUGAAUCCCGUGCAGGUGAAAAACUCAAGGAGCAACGACAGCACAAGUGCUAGUGUGCAUGGCCAAGAGAUCCAACCAAAUGAGGCAUGGGCAAUGACCCCAAUUGGAAUGCAAGAGGGCUUUGGUCACAUGGUGGGAUCCAUAUCCAUGAAUUGGACAAUGCACAGUCCUGCUCCUUACCCCCAAUGGCCUGAAAGUGGUAGCCUCGACCCUUCUAGAAGGAUGUAAUGUGGUAGUGUUAAAAUGAUUUGGGGCUGUUGACAAGGGACUUGAUGUUUUGGCUUGUAAAAAAGUUAUCUUUGAGGUGAAGGAUGUAUUGUGGUAGUGUUAAAAGUGGAAAGGCUUGUUGUUAUCUUGGCAUGGGCAUUUUUUUUUAAUACAAAUUUUACUUAAAAGUUA